AUGAAGACUUCACAACUCUUGCUUGCUGUUGCUGCUGCUGGUGUCAACUUUGCAUUUGCAGCUACGCCCCCAGGCUCAACUCCUCAGGUUGCCAAUACCCUGGGCAUCAAGUUCGACAGGAACAUUGUGCAGCCUGGCGAGCUGAUCGACCAAGCUGGUAAGUCCUUCUCUACCACAUCUCAUACAAACGCAACAAAAGCUAAUACUCACUUCUCCANNGUCGCCGAUGCAGGCCAACCCACUCUCUACGCCCCCUCUCCCAAACUCAACAACCGCAAUCUAAAGAAACACCCCUCCCCCCAAAAUGACAAAACCUACAUCUUCACAAUGGUAGACCUAAACCUCCCUUUCUUCGCUUUACCAAACACCACAGACUUUGCCUCUUUGGUCCCUGGUAUCGGUCCCAACCGCACAACACGCCUUCACUGGUUCGAAUACAACGUCCACAGCAUCCCUCCCCACCAAACCCUCCAGAACUUUUCGACGCCAAUUGCAGAAUACGAAGGUCCUCAACCUCCUCAAGGAGAUGAGCCGCACAAUUAUGUGAUUUACCUGUUUGAGCAGCCCGAAGGGUAUAAGCCUGAUUUAGCUGCUAUGAAGGCGUAUGCAAACGAGACUUCGUUGGCGAGAAUGAAUNUUUCGGUUAGUGCUUUGGAGGAGCAGGUUGGUGCUCCCAUUGCGGCCAACUACUUUAUGGUUGAGAAUGAGAACAACACCAAGAGUGGUUGA